AUGGCACCUCAUAAUGACAGCAAAGGUGGUGGAGGCGGCGCCGAUGAGGUCAAAGCGGAAAAGGGUAUGGCGACGCUGUCGACGCUGCGGAUUGGCACAAAAGUCAUGGUGCAAAAGGGCGAUGAGAAGCGCAAGGCCGAGAUUUUGUCCAUGCAAACGAGAAAAAGCUUGCCAACAUYCUACGUGCAUUACGAGGACUUCAACAAACGACUGGACGAGUGGGUCGCAGCAGAUCGAUUGGACCUCACGCAAGAAGUCGAGUGGCCAGUUCCCGAGAAGCCCGAUACCAAAAGCAAACAGAAGACUGCUCCACAGUCCAAGUCUCAGCAACAAUCCAAAUCCGACUCGAAGAGAACUGGUGGCAUCAAGCGAUCUCGUAGCGGCACUGCCACCAGAGAAGCAUCCGUCGUGCCAGCGGCGGGCGGGAAGGAGAACCGCGAACCUCCUAUUCCCUCCAUUGCGAUUGAAGAUGUUGAAGCAGACACCCCGAUGGGUGACGAUGAGUCCGAAGUGGAUCUGCAUGAAGCCGCUGCUGCAGCAAAAGCAGUCCCAGAUAGCGUCCCAGUCACUCGCGAAGAAGAAGUUGAAAAGCUUCGCACGAGUGGGAGCAUGACGCAGAAUCAGACGGAAAUCAGCCGUGUACGMAACCUCUCUCGCGUCCAAAUGGGCGAGUACGAGAUCGAGCCCUGGUACUUUUCUCCCUACCCGGCCGAGUUCACGGAGAGUGACAUGGUCUACAUCUGUGAGACCUGCCUCUCAUACUUCGGAAGUCCACUACAAUUCAAGCGCCAUCGCUCGAAAUGCACUCUCCUUCACCCGCCCGGCAACGAGAUUUACCGUGACGACAGUGUAUCGUUUUUCGAAAUCGACGGCAGAAGACAGCGAACAUGGUGCAGAAAUCUGUGUCUUCUCUCCAAACUCUUCUUGGACCACAAGACACUAUACUACGAUGUCGAUCCAUUCCUCUUCUAUUGCAUGACAGCCAGAAGUGAGCGUGGCCAUCAACUGAUUGGCUACUUCAGCAAGGAGAAGGAAAGCAUAGAAGGCUACAACGUCGCAUGUAUCCUCACUCUGCCACAACACCAACGGAAGGGGUACGGUGCGUUACUCAUUCAAUUCUCAUACGAAUUGAGCCGAUUGGAGGGCAAGCAGGGUUCGCCCGAGAAACCUCUUUCCGAUCUGGGACUGCUUGGUUACCGCGCAUACUGGCAGGAAGUCAUCGUGGAGAAACUCCUCGAGCAUGAGUUGAAGGAAGGGCAGUCCGCAACGCGGGAUCCACCUUCAAGGCACGAAUCCGCCAGAAACGAGCUCUCGCGGCACGACGGAGGCCGACACGAGCCCGGUGUCAUGAGUGUAGACAAGCUUGCUUAUGAUCUCGCAAUGACCACAAACGACGUCUUACAUACCUUGCAGAACCUAAACAUGCUGAGGUAUAGUAACAAGAAUCACGUUAUCGUGCUGACAGAUGGUGUUCUGGCCGCGCGCGAGAGGCGGAAGGAAAAGGAGAAGGUCAAGGGGAAGAGACAGAUCGACGCCGAGAGGUUGAGCGGGUGGAAAGCUCCUGUUUUCAUGGCUAGUCAAAGAACCUGGAACUGGUAG